CAGAAGGAGGACGCCAGUACAGCCUCACACACACUACCUUACAGUUUAAACCUGUUAUUACACCUCUAAAAUGACUCUCCUCGUCCCAGUCUAGCAGGAGCUAGCCAAAUCUACCUGGGAAUCUGCCAGUUGAUUGUAAUAUAAAAAUGGCCACAGACCAAGAAUCUCUCCGUGCUUUAGAAGGGUUAAUGAAUGAAUUUUUCGGCCCGACCACGACCAACACCAGGAAGAGAGACAUCGAGACAAUCUUGGGAAACUUUGGACAGCAGCGCGGCGCCUGGAAACAAUGUCUCUACUACGUGGCCCACACACACAACUCCUACGUCUCCAUGUACUGUCUCACCACCCUCGAGAAUAUCAUAAACAAACAGUGGGUCGGCCUCAUGCCAGAAGAAAGGACGGAGAUUCGCUCCACCUUGUACCGGUUCGUGCUGGAGAACCAUAAGGCCGCCCCCUAUUAUAUCAGAAACAAGCUAGUCAAGCUGGUCGUGGACAUCGCUCGUCUCUCCUGGCCACACUUCUACCCAGAUUUCUUCACUAAUGUAUUGUCUUUAUCGAGAAAUCCCGACACAGUUGUUCUCUGCAUCGUGUUCCUGCAGACGAUCAGUGAGGAGUUGGCGUGUCCCCGUGAAGAACUGUCUUACUCCCGACGCACAGAACUGAGGCGCCUCUUGUCCCAGCAAGUCCCAACUAUGCUCACCCUGUUAUCUAGUUUAUUAGAGGGUGUAGUCGAGAAACACAAGAACGCUGUGACUGCUACACCUCCACCCUCCCCGACACACUCCCACAGCCACUCUCCUACACGUUCUGGCCUCUCGUCUUCUCCGAUACAAACAGGUACACUACUGAGCAACAUGUUUCACAACCUAGAGAGUGGCACUAGUUCACGUACUGGUUGGGUGUUGCCUCCCUUGGACACUGAGAGUGAGACCAUAGCAUCGCUGUCACUCAACUGUCUGACGCAUCUGUUCUCCUGGAUCCCUCUCUCCUCUCUCAUUACACCACAUUUGCUCAAUACUAUAUUCAUGUUUGCUUCUUUGGGAGCUGAUCCACAGCACAACAAACUACACAAUGGGUCGCUGGAAAAGAGUUUCCUGUCGGGAGAAUCCCUCGGGGUCCUGGCCAUGGGCGCCAUCAACGAGAUCAUGAGCAAGAACUGUGUCCCGCACGACUUUGAAGACUUCCUCUUGCAGAUGUUUAGAAACACAUUCCAUCUAUUACAAAGAUUAGUGAGAGAUGAGCCAAAUACCACGUCCCGCCUCCAGUUGUUAGACCCGAGUUAUAUAGAUAAAUUCACGGAGUUUCUGAGGCUGUUUGUCAGCGUUCACCUGCGCAGAUUUGAAAACAACUCUCAGUUCCCCGUCCUGGAAUUCCUGGCGCUCCUCUUCCGCUACACAUUCCACCAGCACUGUGUGGAGGCGUACUUCAACUGUCUCGACGUGUGGAGUAUCUUCCUGGACCACUUACUGUCCAAGGUUCAGGGGACACAAGAUCACAUAGGAGAGGGAAGGUACGAGGAUGCCUUGAUAUCUCUAGCACAAGGAAUAUUACACAAGAUACAACUACGACACAACCAGGCUGAACUGGAAGAAUUGGAUCAUGAAAUCUGUGAGGAAAUAUCAGAGAACAGCACUUGUCACUAUGGGGAAAUAGGCACCGGUGAGGAGGUGUCUGAGUGGCAUUCCUUCUUCACCAGAAACCUUGAACUUCUGGCCAAAAUUGCUGACCUUUUACCAGAUCAGAUCUUUACCCUGGUGUACGAGCCCUGGAACGAAGCCACAAAGAUAUACCUCACCCUCCAGUCUAACAUGAUAGAACAAAAUGGUCGUCGUCGUCUCAACAUCUCGGCAGAACACGAGUGUCCGCGGCUUCACUGCCUCUUGAGAGACCUGUCGUCCCUCCUUCAGGCCAUCGGCAGGUUCUCAACGCUGUUUCUGGGAGAGGAACUGCCUAAGAGAUCAACCACAGCAAUUGAGGUUAUUGAAAAGUUAGUUCAGAUGGCAAACUACAGCACAGGGUUGAAGCUAUUUGAAGUAGAAACUGCGGUUGACGUCCUGCACUCAGAUUUUGUUGAAGUUCACGCACAAGUUUUGUCGACGUUGAGGGCGUGGGUGCACUGGCUGUCUCAACUGUACGGGCAGCAGUUUGUUCAGGUUUUUCCCGGAGGAACACAGACGCACCAACACCAAGACACUUGUCAUACCAUAAAUAAACAGAUGCUUGUUGCUGCCACUAAUGUUCUCAAUGUUGGGGCUCCUCUGCUAAUCGUUAAUUGUGGGGUACAGCUUCUUCUCUCUCUGUCUGUGAUGGUGCGAUCCCCCGUGGCGCUCGAGAUGAACCAGGUCCAGUCUCUGUACGUCCAAGCUCCGUCGAUUUCCUCCGAUGUAAAGGUGCGUGGAUUAAUCUUAAGGGCUUUAGUCAAUUUUCUCCUGCUGCCGUGGCCGAGCUUCGUCGUCGACCACCGCUUAGAGACUAGAAAACAUUCGCUCACGUCCUUCAUCAACUCCUUCACCUCAGAUGUGCGGAAAAUCGACGUACAGGUCCUAGUAGAUGACAAGACCAUGCAGGAGAACAUGGCGCCAAAGUUGUGUGAUACUCUGUCGGUGAUCCGGUACCAGGUGGAGGAGCUGAACAACACAGAUAAAACCAGCCGGGAACUUUACUACCACUGUGUUCAAGACCUUAUCCACCAGGCCAUCCUCCUCUUCCCUAUCUAUGUCCAACAUGCCGGUGUGUGUGAGGAGAUACUGUCAUUGAUGGUGGUAGUGAUGCAGGUGCUGAGGGUUCAGCUGGGACCUGGCAGGGUAGAGGCCACCAUACAGACCUUCCUCGAUGUCUUCACCACUCGGCAUCACCUCCAGCUUGCCAUCAGUGCAGAUAAUCCUGCUGCUGUUAGAGUGGUUGACAAGUUUCUGAAGUUGCUGGAGCUGAUAGUAAGUGAGCCGGGGCAGUCGUUCAAGCGGUUCAUACCAAAUACCAUCACUCUGUGUAUGGACCACAUCUACCCCGUGGUGUCCGAGCGAGCGUCUCCUGAGGUCAAGGGGCCAAUGUUUGAGCUGUUACGAUGCCUUCUGGAACAUAAUUGGAAAUACUUUUUUAAACCUUCAGUCCACACAUCUCUAGGAGCCGGGAACUGGGACUCUAUAGAAAACGAGGCUCAGUUCAUUCAGAUCAUGCAGGCGUUUGGUCAGUCCUUCAUGCAGCCGGAUAUCACCAUCUUUAAAUAUAACCUGGAGGCUCUGGAAUCUCUCAAUUCUAAAUAUAAGUUAUAUCAUAAGGGAGUGUUCCGUAAUUCGAUGCUGGGUCAGUUCAUCACCGUACUACUGCAGGUGCUGGUUCAUCGCUCUCAGGAUCUGCUGCAGGAAGAAAUCACCAUCACAGUAUACAACAUGGCAUCAGUGGACUUCAACACCUUUUUUGCUGCAUUUGUCCCUCACUUUCUACAGAACAUGGAUGGUCUGGAUAAUGAUCAGAGAACCACAUUAAAACAAAACUUCAAGACUGAUACAGACCUUCCAACUUUUACGCAAAAUGUGCAGCGGUUCAUCAACGAUCUCCGCUACUACCGCACCUGCAAUGCUAGUCUCCCGCCAGGAACCGUAAAGUUAUAGUAGUAGCACUUCCACGUGACGAGCUCCUCCCAGGGGAUGAGUUAAAAUACACUUUAUUAUUUUCAUUACAAGGCAAAUAUUUUCUCAAUUUAAUGAGAAAAGGCCGUUGUUAGUCGUGGUUUAGGCCGUUUGGAGUUGAAAAGCUGCUGACUGGUGUGAAAAACUAGCCUUCUUUAUAUUUAAAAAUGAUGCAUAUCAUCUUCAUAUAUCAUUCAUUCAGUGUCUUGUCAUUACUUGAGAUAAUUCCUUUAAUAAUAAUAUAUAUAU